GUGAUCCAAAACCUGUAAUCGAAAUAUCAUCAGUAAGAUCGUAUGAAGGAUUUGAAUCACACCCCUCUUUGAAAAGUAUUGAUCAAUUGUAUUUGUGACUUUUUGAUAUUGGUUACGUAAUAACCGCUCUGAAAAUAUUCGUCAUCCCUAAUCUCUACCAUAAUCUAAUUCCUUCAUUGAGAUGAUCCGUUCGUUCCGACCAGUUCGUUUGUGGACGACCCAUCUCUACUACGCAUACCAUAUCGCGCAGGUUUGUCAUAGAGUCGAGCGGCGAGAUCCAUUAAGUGGGGUUCGACGAUACCAUCGACAAAUAGAUUGAGGUAUUUCGAUCUCUGAAGAAUCUUCGAUAAUUUACAAUUAAGUUGUUGAAAAUGGAGUAUUAAUCGAUGAAGUGUUUUUAAAGGUAAUCAUGGGCACCUAUUCAUGUCCCCAUGUGAAUGAGCUUCCGUAUGCUUUAAAAACUUAUAAUGUUAUAUUGGGAUAUUAUGUGACUUGUAUAGCCGAACAUAAGCCGUUUGAAAGACUAGCAGUGGAUGCGUAUUGUGGUGUCUGCGAAGAAACUAAUGGAAAAUUACAUGCAUGUUUGCAAUGCGCAUUUUUUGGUUGCUUUAAAUCUGUGGAUGGGAACGUUAGUCAUAUGAAAAGUCAUGCAUUGAGAUAUAAACAUUAUUUUGCCAUUAAUUUGAACCACGGCUCUUUAUUUUGCUUCCAAUGUGAUGAUUAUAUGUAUAAUGAAACAUUUGAUGAAUCGCUCACUGAAUUCGAAAUAGAAGCUAGAAAAUUGAAAAUCACGCAAUCUUUCUUAACUUGGAAACCAAACAAUCAGGAAAGAGCUCUCCUGAAAGGCAAAGUUGUAAAAAUCUCAGAUUUGUCAUAUUUUGGUUUAAGAGGUAUAUUAAAUAUAGGAAAUAGUUGUUAUAUCAAUUGUAUUGUCCAAGUGUUGAUGCACACUCCUCUACUGGUAGACUAUUUCUUUCAUGACAAGCACGUAUGUACCUUAACAUCUUGUCUUUUAUGUGAAUUGCUUCUGGUGUUCCAGGAGUUUUACUCUGGGAAAUCAAAUCCCUAUGAUCCUGCAGAAAGAUUUUUUUUUAAAUUGCAGGAGUUUUGUAGUCAACCUCUUGGAAUGGAACAACAAGACUGUUAUGAAUUAUUUCAAGAGAUUUUAACAGGAUUACAUGCUAAUUGUCCUACUAAGAAUGAUAUUAAUUGCACGUGUAUGAUUCAACAGAUGUUUUAUGGAAUAGCUCAAGGCUGUAAAGAAUGCCAACAUUGUCAUGAUUCAUCAUCUUUACCUCCUGAUUGUUUCAUGGAUAUCCUGCUGGAUUUAGAUAGAAGAGAUGAUUGUCUUAUGAAUGUUUUGAAUAGAAAAUAUUUGGAAAGACAAUUAUUAUCUGACUAUAAAUGCUCUAAUUGUGAAAAAACUGAUACGACAUAUAUACAUCAGCGUAUUAAAAAACUUCCCAAUGUCUUAUGCUUUCGAAUGAAUUGCUUCCUUUUGGAAGUUGAUAAUGCUUCAUCUCGAUGCAGAAACCGAAGAAUGCAGAAGAAAUCGACUGCUUUUGCAUUUGAAGAGUUUCUAAAUAUGUCGCCAUAUUUAAACUCGGAGACUAUUAAUUCUUCUGAUAGAAAUGGUGCAUGUGCUACUGCUUCUGUAGCAAGUGAAAAUAUUUUUCGGUUGUUUGCAGUUAUAUUUCAUAAAGGUACUUUACAAGGUGGACAUUAUGUAACAUAUAUUCGGCACCGGCAUAACUGGUAUGAAUGUGAUGACAGAUUUAUCUAUAGAAGAACCAUGGAUGAAGUGCUGCAAUGUGAACCUUUCCUUUUAUUUUAUCAGAAUUAUCAGUAAAUUUACAUGUUAUUGAUUUAUAUAUAUAUAUGUUUUUCGUUUAACAUUUGAAAUAAUUUUAAAGCUAUUAGUUUAUUUCCCUUUUAUUAUCAGCUUAUAAUUAUUUACUCUUGAAUUGUUUUCCUGACAAGAUUUGAUAUAUUUUUGUAAAGUUAGUAUCCCCAAAACAUUAUACUAAAAUAUUUUAUACUCAUUUUGAAAGUAAGACAUUUAAUAUAAGGUUUACUUUUACUAUAAAGUAUAAAAUGAAAUAUUGAUGUUUAAAAGAAAAAAAAGUACCCAUUUCAUAUAUUAUUUAAAAACAUAAUUGCUUAUGUAAAUAUAUAUAUAUAUAAUAUAUCCUUGCAUAUUUGUUGUGAUCAUCCGUGAAAUAUUAACUUCAAAAAAUUGGCAUUGUUUAUUUUCAAGUGCAUUUUUUAAAAAAAAUUUGUUUAUAUAUCCAGUGUAUAUAUAAACAAAUUUUUAUUGUUUGUCUUGUGGCUAAGGAUUUAACAGCAGUUGACAAUUCAUUGGAGGCAUUAUCUGGGUAGCUGCCUAGAUAUCUUAAAGUAAUAAACAUAAAAUUUUAGUUCUACUUACUUGUUUCUUUUUCAGAAGUAUGGUUGUGGAUCUGUUGAUUGCUGAGCGGCUAUCUGUAUGUACUUUAAUGAAUAGUCCCCAUUCUUUUUCAGUGUUUUGGUCUGUUGUUCUGUUAAGUAUUGAGCAGUUAGUUCUGUGCAUUCCCUUUAGUGAGUAAAUUUCAUCCUCUUUCAUUAAUUAGUCUGUGGAUCUGUUGUUGAUGCAGUUAGUAGAUGUUGACCAGUUCUUUACAUCCACAUUUGUGAGUAGUUCACAUUCUCUUUCAGUGUUUUGGUCCUUGGAUGUUUUAAGUGUUGAAUAGUUGUAUACAUCUAUUUUAGUAAGUAGUUCACAUUCUCUUUUAUGUAUCUGCUUAGUAAGUAAUUGACAUUUUUUCCCCUAAAUGUUAUGUGAUUGUGCGAUUCUGAAUAAGUAUAAAAAUAUUUUUAAAACCAAUAUUGUUAAAAAGAAUGAAAUGAAUCAAGAACUAUACAAAACCAAAUUAUAAUAUUCGAUGUUGAGCAAUCUUUUGCAUCCACAUUAGUGAGUAGUUCGCAUUCUCUUUCAGUGUUAUGGUCCUUGGAUAUUGUAAGUGUUGAAUGGUUGUAUACAUCCAUUUUAGUAAGUAGUUCACAUUCUCUUUUAAUGUUAUAGUCCAGGGGUCUAUUAUGUGUUGAACCAUUUUAUGUAUCUGUUUUAGCAAGUAAUUGACAAUUUUUUCCUUACAUGUUAUGUGAUUGUGCAUUUCUGCAUAAGUAUACAAAUAUUUUUUAAAAACAGUAUUGUUAAAAAGAAUAAAAUGAAUAAAGAAAUAUAUAAAACCAAAUUAUAAAAUUAUCAUUUACAUUUUCUUCCCUAUAUAGUUUGCAUUUCCUGUU